AUGGCGCGUUCCGUAAACCAACCACAAGUCCAGGGCACCUCCAAUCGAAUCGUUGGAAGCCUCAUUCUCUUCACAGCUCUAUCUCUGUUCGGAGUAUAUACGCUGUGGGCGAUCGUCCUGCCUUUCCUGCCAGACGACUCACCAAUACACACUUGGGUACCUGACCGUCGGUGGACCAUCACAAUACCUUCAAUCGUACUUGUAGUGGGGUUGAGCACCGUCGGUAUCUUCAUCGGGCUGUUGCUGAGGGAAGAUGCGAAGCAGGAUCUGGCCAAGCAAGCGACGGGACUAGGGUCGGGUAGAAAGAGCCGCUGA